UGCGCUUUCUUUUCUGUUUCAGGACACGUGUAAUGUAAACGGGAGAAGACUAGAAGACUUCUACUAGAAAUUCAUUAGUUUGGUGUAUAAAAAUCUACCUCAAACAAGAAGAACAACACAGUAAGAUCAAGACAUAGAGCAAAUAGAAAAUCAGGAUGUCUCAGAGGGCAAACUCUCAUUAGUAAGCAAAAAAAGAACAGAAAGUAAAAGAAAUGUUUCAGUAAAGAUGGACAAUCCCCCAUUGACAUGCAAAACAGGAUGUUUUGGAGGGUGAACUCUUAUUAGCAUGUUAAAGAAGAACAAAAAGAAAAAGAAGUGUUUCGGUAAAGUUGGGCAAUUUCUCAUUGGCAUAUAGAGCAGAAGCAACGCAACAGCAAAUGACAACGAACGUACAAGCAGUUGGCGGCGAGAUGAUCGAUGAUUCAAAUGAAGAGGAUUAUAUACACAAGUCUAUUUUUAUACCUCCUCCAUUUAAGAUUGAAAGGAUCGAUGAUUUAUUUGAAGAGGUUGUUGCACCUCGGGCCAUUUUUAUACCUGAAAAUUUUGUCACAUUAUCUGAGAAGAACAUUAAGGAAGUUAAAGAUGUUCGAAAAAAAUCGAAACAAAAUAAAAAUGAAGAGGAAAUGGAAAAGCAAAAUAAAAAGAAGUUAAAAAAUAUAGAAGUAACUCAACAGCAAAUUACAACGAACGUAAAAGCAGCUGGCCUCGAGAUGAUCGAUGAUUCAAAUGAAGAGGAUUAUAUACACAAGUCUAUUUUUAUACCUCCUCCAUUUAAGAUUGAAAGGAUCGAUGAUUUAUUUGAAGAGGUUGUUGCACCUCGGGCCAUUUUUAUACCUGAAAAUUUUGUCAAAUUAUCUGAGAAGAACAUUAAGGAAGUUAAAGAUGUUCGAAAAAAAUCGAAACAAAAUAAAAAUGAAGAGGAAAUAGAAAAGCAAAAUAAAAAGAAGUUAAAAAAUAUAGAAGUAACUCAACAGCAAAUUACAACGAACGUAAAAGCAGCUGGCCUCGAGAUGAUCGAUGAUUCAAAUGAAGAGGAUUAUAUACACAAGUCUAUUUUUAUACCUCCUCCAUUUAAGAUUGAAAGGAUCGAUGAUUUAUUUGAAGAGGUUGUUGCACCUCGGGCCAUUUUUAUACCUGAAAAUUUUGUCAAAUUAUCUGAGAAGAACAUUAAGGAAGUUGAAGAUGUUCGAAAAAAAUCGAAACAAAAUAAAAAUGAAGAGGAAAUGGAAAAGCAAAAUAAAAAGAAGUUAAAAAAUAUAGAAGUAACUCAACAGCAAAUUACAACGAACGUAAAAGCAGCUGGCCUCGAGAUGAUCGAUGAUUCAAAUGAAGAGGAUUAUAUACACAAGUCUAUUUUUAUACCUCCUCCAUUUAAGAUUGAAAGGAUCGAUGAUUUAUUUGAAGAGGUUGUUGCACCUCGGGCCAUUUUUAUACCUGAAAAUUUUGUCAAAUUAUCUGAGAAGAACAUUAAGGAAGUUGAAGAUGUUCGAAAAAAAUCGAAACAAAAUAAAAAUGAAGAGGAAAUGGAAAAGCAAAAUAAAAAGAAGUUAAAAAAUAUAGAAGUAACUCAACAGCAAAUUACAACGAACGUAAAAGCAGCUGGCCUCGAGAUGAUCGAUGAUUCAAAUGAAGAGGAUUAUAUACACAAGUCUAUUUUUAUACCUCCUCCAUUUAAGAUUGAAAGGAUCGAUGAUUUAUUUGAAGAGGUUGUUGCACCUCGGGCCAUUUUUAUACCUGAAAAUUUUGUCAAAUUAUCUGAGAAGAACAUUAAGGAAGUUAAAGAUGUUCGAAAAAAAUCGAAACAAAAUAAAAAUGAAGAGGAAAUGGAAAAGCAAAAUAAAAAGAAGUUAAAAAAUAUAGAAGUAACUCAACAGCAAAUUACAACGAACGUAAAAGCAGCUGGCCUCGAGAUGAUCGAUGAUUCAAAUGAAGAGGAUUAUAUACACAAGUCUAUUUUUAUACCUCCUCCAUUUAAGAUUGAAAGGAUCGAUGAUUUAUUUGAAGAGGUUGUUGCACCUCGGGCCAUUUUUAUACCUGAAAAUUUUGUCAAAUUAUCUGAGAAGAACAUUAAGGAAGUUGAAGAUGUUCGAAAAAAAUCGAAACAAAAUAAAAAUGAAGAGGAAAUGGAAAAGCAAAAUAAAAAGAAGUUAAAAAAUAUAGAAGUAACUCAACAGCAAAUUACAACGAACGUAAAAGCAGCUGGCCUCGAGAUGAUCGAUGAUUCAAAUGAAGAGGAUUAUAUACACAAGUCUAUUUUUAUACCUCCUCCAUUUAAGAUUGAAAGGAUCGAUGAUUUAUUUGAAGAGGUUGUUGCACCUCGGGCCAUUUUUAUACCUGAAAAUUUUGUCAAAUUAUCUGAGAAGAACAUUAAGGAAGUUAAAGAUGUUCGAAAAAAAUCGAAACAAAAUAAAAAUGAAGAGGAAAUGGAAAAGCAAAAUAAAAAGAAGUUAAAAAAUAUAGAAGUAACUCAACAGCAAAUUACAACGAACGUAAUAGCAGCUGGCCUCGAGAUGAUCGAUGAUUCAAAUGAAGAGGAUUAUAUACACAAGUCUAUUUUUAUACCUCCUCCAUUUAAGAUUGAAAGGAUCGAUGAUUUAUUUGAAGAGGUUGUUGCACCUCGGGCCAUUUUUAUACCUGAAAAUUUUGUCACAUUAUCUGAGAAGAACAUUAAGGAAGUUAAAGAUGUUCGAAAAAAAUCGAAACAAAAUAAAAAUGAAGAGGAAAUGGAAAAGCAAAAUAAAAAGAAGUUAAAAAAUAUAGAAGUAACUCAACAGCAAAUUACAACGAACGUAAAAGCAGCUGGCCUCGAGAUGAUCGAUGAUUCAAAUGAAGAGGAUUAUAUACACAAGUCUAUUUUUAUACCUCCUCCAUUUAAGAUUGAAAGGAUCAAUGAUUUAUUUGAAGAGGUUGUUGCACCUCGGGCCAUUUUUAUACCUGAAAAUUUUGUCACAUUAUCUGAGAAGAACAUUAAGGAAGUUAAAGAUGUUCGAAAAAAAUCGAAACAAAAUAAAAAUGAAGAGGAAAUGGAAAAGCAAAAUAAAAAGAAGUUAAAAAAUAUAGAAGUAACUCAACAGCAAAUUACAACGAACGUAAAAGCAGCUGGCCUCGAGAUGAUCGAUGAUUCAAAUGAAGAGGAUUAUAUACACAAGUCUAUUUUUAUACCUCCUCCAUUUAAGAUUGAAAGGAUCGAUGAUUUAUUUGAAGAGGUUGUUGCACCUCGGGCCAUUUUUAUACCUGAAAAUUUUGUCACAUUAUCUGAGAAGAACAUUAAGGAAGUUGAAGAUGUUCGAAAAAAAUCGAAACAAAAUAAAAAUGAAGAGGAAAUGGAAAAGCAAAAUAAAAAGAAGUUAAAAAAUAUAGAAGUAACUCAACAGCAAAUUACAACGAACGUAAAAGCAGCUGGCCUCGAGAUGAUCGAUGAUUCAAAUGAAGAGGAUUAUAUACACAAGUCUAUUUUUAUACCUCCUCCAUUUGAGGUUGAAAUGAUCGAUGAUUUAUUUGAAGAGGUUGUUGCACCUCGAGCCAUUUUUAUACCGAAACCUGAAAAUUUUGCCUCAUUGUCUGAGAAGAACAUUAAGGAAGUUAAAGAUGUUUUAGAAAAAUUCGAGCAAUCAGCGGAACAAGUAGACAAGUACUCUCUGACAGAAUUGGUGACAGAUUCUGAAGAAAAGAUGAAUAAAAUGUUAAAUAAUGAGACCAAAGCAAUUAAGUUAUUAGAAGAUAUUGAAACGAAGGAUGAAUCGAUUAUCAUAAGAAAACAAAUUCGAGGUGAAGAUAAAGUAACAAAUGCUAAGACAGAAAAUAAAAGAGACGAUACAAUUUUUAUAAAAAAAUUAAUUUUUUUACUUUCGUUACGUCCUAAUACUACAAAAGAUCAAAAAAUUAUAAAAAAUAUUAUGGACAAUGCAUACCAACCGCCUGACGACUAUCAUUCGUUGGAAUAUGCUUAUAAAAAGUUUAUUGAUGCUUGCACAUCUCAACAAAGAGACAAAAAUCAGCUUGGCGUUAGCGAUGCAAAUACACAUAUACGUAAUCGUAUAAAACAUACAUACUGUAACUUAGCUGAGGACAUCCUAAAAUUAAAAUAUUAUGAAAUGAAUGAUCAUGUAAAUAACAUUUGUCAAACUACUGUAAACAAUAAAAGCAAAGAACACGGAUAUAUAUUAAACGAAACUGUCGAAGAGGAUCAAGUUAUAAAGGUUGUAGAAGAAAAAAAAAUCAAAGAAGUUGAAAAUACGGAUCCAGGCACAACUAGUAACGAAACAUUACUUUAUGGAAAAGAUGUAAUUUUGGAAAACAAUAGUAAAAUGACUAAUGAAACCUUGAUAGUAGAAGAUAUAUCUAACGUCGCACAUAAAAUUGAUAAACAAAUUGAUGUUUGGAAGAUUUGGUGGACUAUUUAUAUAGAAAACAUUUUCACGACUAUUAUUCUUAUUCCUAUUAUUGUUAUUAUUCUUAUUAUUCUGCAAUUGUGGAUAAAGAUCAUUUAGAUAGCACGAAUGAUAUUUCGUUAAAGAGAUCUUGGCGAAACUGUUAUUAUAGACAUUGAAAGGUAAUUACACAUAUAUAUAUAGAAGUAAGGCUUCAUAAAUCAACAUUAAAAGUA